AUGGCGCUGUGGAACUCCAAGGUCAUCAAGAUCAUCGCCGGGUUCCUGUGCAGCAUCCUCAUCCUCAAUGCUUUGAUUAACAAUGGGUUCAACUACACGACGACUCGACAGAUGAUCCGGGGGGGACAUCGUCGCUUGACCGAUGAUUCGACCUUUGACGCUAUUCAGAAUGAGACGCUUGGUUUUGAACGUGUCUAUGCCAUCGGCCUCAAAGAGCGGACGGACAAGCGCGAUUUCCUCGCGCUGGCUGCUUCUCUCGUCGGGUUCCAGAUUGACUGGUUGGAGGGAGUUAAGCCGGACGAGAUUCAUCCCAAAGCGCUUCCCGAAGGAAUGAACUUGACCAUUGUCAAACCAACCGCGGCAGCCUGUUGGCGCGCCCACAUGAAUGCCCUUCGCACGGUCGUGGAAAAUCGGCACACAACGGCCCUGAUUAUGGAAGACGAUGCGGACUGGGAUAUCUCGCUCAAGCAGCAGUUGCGCGAGUUUGCCCACGGUCUCCAAACCCUCUCGCGCACCCGGACCGCCUCCAAAAGGGCUCCCUACGGCACCGACUGGGAUCUUCUCUGGGUCGGCGGCUGCUCCACGGCGGCCGGGUUCAACGAGACCGAGUUCUUCGCGAUUCCCAACGAUCCCACCGUUCCCAGCAUGAAACAUCGCAGCUACUGGGUCGACCGUCGAGGGCCGCUGGAUGAGUGGAAGGAGCGAUAUCCCCAGCUCCCCGAGGAGUCCACGCGCUAUGUCUACCGGGCAAAUACCGGCUGCUGUCUAUACGGGUACGCGGUGACCUACGAGGGCGCCCGGAAGAUUCUGGCCUCGUUGUCGGUGGACCAUCUGGACAUCGCGGUGGACAAUGCCUUGGGAGACAUGUGCGGGGGCAAGAAUCGACCGCAAAUCCAGUGCUACGCGCCGCAUCCGAACUUGAUCGGGACGCAUCGACGGGCCGGAUCCUCGUUCAAGGACUCGGACAUUGAGACUUACGGCGAGGACAACUGGCAUCCCAGCGAGGCGUGGGAUCUGGUGUAUAGCACCAAGCUCAAUCUCCAUCGACUUCUUGCGGGGUCGAAGACGGCUCUCUCGCAGUGGCAGGAUGACCAUUCGCCAUGGUCGCCGGACCUGAUGGAUUUGGAGGGAUUCAAGUAUCCACAGGGAUUUCGGGUUGCGUAUCCAGAGCAGUAG